CCUGUACGGCGACCCAGCCACCUCAGUCCGCUCCAGCUCGCGUUCCCACUCCUCGACACCCUCGCCUCCCCCGCGACCGACCGUGCCACUUCCGGCCGCUCCUCCACCGACUUCCGCGGCAUCCGACCACCUCGACGACCGGAACACACGACCCACCGAGCGUCUCCACUAGAUUGCGCGAGCGCACUGCACCCCUGCCCUCGCCUUCACCACCUCGACCCUCUUCGACCUCACCAUCCUCAACUCUACCGCCAUGCCGUCCAUCCUCCCGCCGUUCGAGCUCCCGGACAACUCGAUCAAGGUCUCUAUCGACCGCGGCGGUACCAUGGCCGACGCCUAUGCCUCGUGGCCGACAGCCGACGGCGGGCUCAACGAGGUCGUCGUCAAGCUCCUCAGCGUCGACCCGUCCAACUACCCUGACGCGCCGACCGAGGCCUGCCGCCGAGUUCUCGAGAUGGCAACGGGCACCACCAUCCCGCGAGGGCGCAAGCUUGACGUCCGCAAGUUCGACUACAUCCGCCUGUCGACCACCGUCGCGACCAACGCCCUUCUCGAGCGCAAAGGCGCCAAGCACGCGUUCGUCGUCACCAAGGGCUUCCGGGACCUGCUCCGCAUCAACAACCAGAGCCGACCGAGCAUCUUUGCGCUCAAAGUGCAGCGCCCGGGCGUCCUGUACGACAACGUGCUCGAAGUCGACGAGCGCGUGACGCUCGUCGGCUACAGCUACGACCCGGAGGCGGACAAGAACACGGUCCAGUUCGACGACGACGGCAAGGUCGUGAGCGAGCACGAGGGCGAGAUCGUGCGCGGCGUUUCGGGCGAGCCGGUGAGGAUCAUGCGCAAGCCGGACCUCGAGCGCGUUCGUGCCGACCUGCAGGCCCUGUACGACGGCGGCAUCCGCUCGGUCGCCAUCUGCUUCGUCCACUCGUUCACGUUUCCCGACCACGAGCAAGCCGUUGCCGCCAUCGCGUCCGACAUCGGCUUCACCCAGGUCUCGGUCUCGUCGACCCUGUCGCCACAGAUCAAGGCCGUUCCGCGCGCGACGUCGGCGUCGGUCGACGCGUACCUGAACCCGGUCCUCGGCGAGUACUUGCGCAACUUCUUCAACGGCUUCGACGACGAGCUGCGCGACGCGGGCAAGGUCGAGUUCAUGACGUCCGAGGGCACGCUCGUCGACGUCAAGAACUUCUCGGGUCUGCGCAGCAUCCUGUCGGGCCCUGCAGGCGGCGUCGUCGGCUACUCGGCCACGUCCUGGAGCGACGAGCACCGCAUCCCGAUCAUCGGCUUCGACAUGGGUGGAACCUCGUCCGACGUCUCGCGCUUCGACGGCAAGUACGAGACGACGUACGAGACUACGACCGCAGGCGUCUCGAUCCAGACGCCGCAGCUCGACAUCAACACGGUCGCCGCCGGCGGCGGCUCUUGCCUCACGUUCAAGAACGGCCUGUUCCACGCCGGGCCCGAGUCGGCAGGGGCGCACCCGGGACCCGUCUGCUACCUCAAGGACGGUCCGCUCGCCGUCAGCGACGCGAACCUCGUCCUCGGGCGCCUGUUCCCCGACUACUUCCCCAAGAUUUUCGGCGCGACCGAGGACCAGCCGCUCGGGCGCGAGGCGUCGGUCGCCGCGUUCGAGGAGGUGCGCAAGCAGAUCAACGCCGAGACGGGCAAGGACAUGUCGCUCGACGAGGUGGCGGCGGGCUUCAUCAAGGUCGCCAACGAGGUCAUGGCGAGGCCUGUGCGCGCGUUGACCGAGGCGAGGGGCUUCUCGACCUCGAAGCACAUCCUCGCCGCGUUUGGCGGUGCCGGUGGGCAGCACGCUUGCGAGCUCGCGCGCACCCUCGGCAUCACCCAGAUCCUCAUCCACCGCUACUCGUCCAUCUUGUCGGCGUACGGCAUGGCGCUCAGCAGCCGAGCGUACGACCGCAGCGAGCCGUGCGCGGCCGAGUUCACCGCCGAGACCAAGUCGACCUUCCUGCCGCGCCUCGACCGCCUCAAGAAGGACGUCCGCGUCGAGCUCAAGCGCCAGGGCUUUGCCGACGACCGCAUCGAGCUCGAGUGCUACCUCAACAUGCGCUACGACGGGUCCGACACGUCGCUCAUGACGCUCGCGCCCUCAGACGGCUCGUUCGACUUUGGUACCGCGUUCGAGGCGCUGUACAAGAGCGAGUUCGGGUUCAACCUCGACAAGAAGGCGAUCAUGGUCGACGACGUGCGGGUACGCGGCAUCGGCAAGACGUUCGACUCGCUCGGCGAGUCGGUCCUGAGCGAGAUCGACGCGACGACGUUCUCGGGCGAGGGCGUCGACAGCAAGGCCGAGAAGAAGCGCGCGUCCAUGUACUUCGAGUCGACGGGCCGCAUCAACGUGCCCGUGUACCGGCUCGAAGGUCUCGACAAGGGCGACGUCGUGCAGGGCCCGGGCGCCAUCGUCGACGGGACCCAGACGCUCAUCCUCGACCCGGGCGCCGAGGCAAAGAUCUGCUCGCGCCACGUAUACAUCACCUUGUCGUAGAUCUCGUCGUUCGCUCUCCCUUUGUGUAGAUCUCGUCCUCGCAGUGCAUUAGCAGUACCUCUCUCUCUCUC